AUGCCAAAAGGGGGACUCUCCAGGCAUAGCUCUUGCCUUCUGGCAGCCUCUGCAGGCCCCAGUUCUCCAAAAGUUGGUCUCUCCCAACCCAGCUCCUACCUCACGUCAGCCUACACGGGCCCAAACUCUACCAUACAGUGGCCCUUCCAGGCCCACCACUUGCCUGAUCAUGGCCUCCUCAGGCUAAAAACUUCCUCCAUUCAGCCUGUCCAGGCCAAGAUCUUCCUCCCAAAGGCCUCUGCAGGCCCAAAUCGUCCUGAAGUCAGCCUCUGCAGGCCCAGAUCCUGCCUCUCAGUGCUGUGUAGCCAGACAACAACCUCUGUGGACGUACCUCCUGUCAAGCUCCUGAUGGCCUAUAUAGACCGAAAACACCCUCAAGCCAAGCUCAUCAGGCCAAAUUCCGGCCACAUGGGGGCCUCUGCAGGCCCAAACCAACCUAAAUCCAGAGCUCCUCUUGCCAUUCGGCAGCUGCGACAGGCCCCACUCCUGCCUCCCGGUGGCCUGUUUAGGCCCAGCUCAUUCGUCACGGGGAACGGCCUUUCCAGGCCCAGUCUUUGCAUUUUGGCGGCCUCUCUAGGCUCAGGACUUCCUCAGGCCAGCCUCCCCAGACCCAGUUGCGGCCUCCCGGCCUCCUGUCGAGGCCCAGCUCUUCCUGCUGCUGGCUGCGGCCACAGGCCCAACUCCUGCCUCACAGCAACCGCUUUGGACUCAGCUCCGGCCCAGCUCUGCUCCGCGGCCUUUGUAGGCCCCCAACGUCCUGAAGCCAGGCUCUGCAGGCCCAGCUCGGGCCUCACGGUGGCCUCUCCGGGCUCAGCUCCUGCCCUCCGACGGCAUCUCCCUCUAGGCCCAGCUCGGGCCUCCCGGCAGCCUCUGCAGGCCCAAGUGGUCCCGGAGUCGGCCUCUCCAGGCCCGGCUCCGGCCUCCCGGCGGCCUCUCCAGGCGCGAAACGUCCUCAGGUGGGCCCCUCCAGGGCCAGCUCCCGCCUCCCGUCGGCCUCCGCAGGCCCGGAACUUUGUCCCGUCAAGCUCUUCAGGCCCACCUCCUGCCUCCCGCUGGCCUACACAGCCCCAGCUCUGGCUUGAGAACAGCCUCUGCAGGCCCCGUUCCUGCCUCCCUGGGGCCUCUCCAGGCCCAGCUCUCGCCUCACGGCGCCUCCCCGGGGCCACAUUCCUGCUUGGCUCCCGGCUGCCUCGACAGGCCCAGCUCCUCCCUCCGCGGUGGCCUGUUUAG